AUGGCCACCCCCGCGGCGGCGUUGGCGCUGCUGCUGGGGCUGCUGGCGCGGGCGGCCCCGGGCGCGGGCGCGGGCCCCGGCGCGUGCUACGACGGCGCGGGGCGGGCGCGGCGCUGCGUGCCCGAGUUCGAGAACGCGGCGUUCGGGCGGCGCGCGCAGGCCUCGCGCACGUGCGGCCGGCCGCCCGAGGACUUCUGCCCGCAGGUGCGCGCGGGCGGCGCGGGGCCGCCGUGCCAGCGCUGCGACGCCGCCGACCCGCGCCGCCACCACAACGCCUCGCUGCUCACCGACUUCCACAGCCCCGACGACAGCACCUGGUGGCAGAGCCCCACCAUGGCCCGCGGGGUGCAGUACCCCCACUCCGUCAACCUCACCCUGCGCCUGGGGAAGGCCUACGAGAUCACCUACGUGAGGCUCAAGUUCCACACCAGCCGCCCCGAGAGCUUCGCCAUCUACAAGCGCAGCCGCGCGGGCGGCCCCUGGGAGCCCUACCAGUACUACAGCGCCUCCUGCCAGAGGACCUACGGCCGGCCCGAGGGCCAGCGCCUGCAGCCCGGCCAGGACGAGCGCGUGGCCUUCUGCACCUCCGAGUUCAGCGACAUCUCCCCGCUCAGCGGCGGCAACGUGGCCUUCUCCACCCUGGAGGGCCGGCCCAGCGCCUACAACUUCGAGGAGAGCCCGGGGCUGCAGGACUGGGUCACCAGCACGGAGCUCCUCAUCUCCCUAGACCGGCUCAACACAUUUGGGGAUGACAUAUUCAAGGACCCCAAGGUUCUCCAGUCCUACUACUAUGCAGUGUCUGACUUCUCCGUGGGCGGCAGGUGCAAAUGCAACGGCCAUGCCAGCGAGUGCGGCCCCGACGGGGCGGGCCGGCUGGCCUGCCGCUGCCAGCACAACACCACGGGCGUGGACUGCGAGCGCUGCCUGCCCUUCUUUCAGGACCGCCCGUGGGCCCGGGGCACCGCCCAGGCCGCCAACGAGUGUCUGCCCUGCAACUGCAGCGGCCGCUCGGAGCAGUGCACCUUCGACCGCGAGCUCUUCCGCAGCACCGGCCACGGCGGCCGCUGCCACCGAUGCCGCGAUCACACGGCCGGGCCCCGCUGCGAGCGCUGCCGGGAGGCCUUCUACCGCUGGGACCCGCGGGCUGCGUGUCAGCCCUGCGACUGCCACGCAGCAGGCUCCCUGAGUCUCCAGUGUGACCACGAGGGAAUCUGCUCCUGCAAGCCCACGGUGACCGGCUGGAAGUGUGACCGCUGCCGGCCUGGGUUCCACUCGCUCAGCGAGGGUGGCUGCAGGCCCUGCAUGUGCAGCGUGGCGGGCAGCCUGGGCACCUGUGACCCCCGCAGCGGACACUGUCCCUGCAAGGACAACGUGGAAGGCAACUUGUGCGACAGAUGCCGCCCGGGCACCUUCAACCUCCAGCCCUACAACCCCACCGGCUGCACCCCCUGCUUCUGCUUUGGCCACUCUACCGUGUGCACCGUGGCCCCCGGCUUCCAGACCCAGCCCGUCAUCUCAGACUUCCGCCAGGGAGCCGACGGCUGGCGGGCCAUGGGCAGCGAGGGUUCGGAGCGGUCCCCACGAUGGAGUCCCAGUGGGGUGCUCUUGGGCCCCGGAGACGAGGAGCUCAGGGCGCCAGAGCGGUUCCUGGGGGACCAGCGGCUCAGCUACGGGCAGCCGCUCACACUGACCCUCCGCGUCCCCCCCGGGGCACCCCCGCCCCCCGUGCGGCUGAAGCUGGGAGGAGCCGGCCUGGACCUGGCCCUGAAACCCUCCAGCUCCUCUGGACCCCCGGGGGCCGGACAGCCGGGGCUGCUGCAGCUCCACUUCCUCCUGCAGGAGACGUCUGAGGACGCCAGCCCCCCACUGCCUGCCUUCCACUUCCAGAGGCUGCUCACCAACCUGACCAUUCUGGGCAUCCGGGCCAGCGGCCAAGGCACGAGCACUUCCGGCCAAGUGUUCCUGACAGAGGUCCAACUCCCAUCUGUGCAGCCCGGGCCCGGGCCUGCUCCACCGGCCGCCUGGGUAGAGGCCUGCUCCUGUCCCCGGGGCUACACCGGCCAGUUCUGCGAGUCCUGUGCUCCGGGAUACAAAAGGGAGAUGCCCCAGGGGGGCCCCUACACCCGCUGUGUCCCCUGCACCUGUAACCAGCAUGGCACCUGCAACCCCAACACAGGGGUCUGCCUGUGCGCCCACCACACCGAGGGCCCCUCCUGCGAGCGCUGCGCGCCGGGUUUCCAUGGCAACGCCUUCACCGGCCGAGCGGACGCCUGCCAGCCCUGCCCAUGCCCCGGACGGUUGGCCUGCACUGUCGUCCCAGACAGUGGGGAGGUGGUGUGCACCCACUGCCCCCAGGGCCAGAGAGGGCGGCGCUGCGAGCAGUGUGAGGAUGGGUUUUUUGGAGACCCUCUGGGAGUCCGUGGGGCCCCGCAGCCCUGCCGCCCAUGCCCAUGCAGCGGGAACGUGGACCCCAACGCCGUGGGCAACUGUGACCCCCAGUCCGGCCGCUGCCUGCGCUGCCUGCACAACACCACGGGCCCCCGCUGCGAGCGCUGUCGGGAGGGCUUCUACGGGAGCGCCCUGGCCCUGCGGCCAGCAGACAAAUGCACGCCCUGCGGCUGCCACCCAGGGGGCUCCGUCAGCGAGCUGAGACCCUGCCACCCGGUGACCGGUCAGUGCACCUGCCUGUCUCACGUGACCGGAAGGGACUGUGGUCACUGCUGCCCUGGUUUUUACGACCUCCAGCCAGGGAGAGGCUGCCAAAGCUGCAAGUGUCACCCACUGGGCUCCCAGGAGAAUCGGUGUCACCCUGAAACGGGCCAGUGCCCUUGCCGCCCGGGGGUCACCGGCCAGGCCUGCGACAGGUGCCAGCUGGGCUUCUUCGGCUUUUCUGCCAAGGGGUGCCGGGCUUGCAGGUGCUCCCCGCUGGGCGCCGCCUCCGCCCAGUGCCACGAGAACAGCACGUGCGUGUGCAGGCCCGGCUUCGUGGGCUACAAGUGUGACCGCUGCCAAAGCAACUUCUUCCUCGCUGCAGACGGCAGCCACUGCCAGGAGUGCCCGGCCUGCUACGCCCUGGUGGAGGAGGGGGUGGCCAAGCUGAAGGCCAGGCUGGCGCUGGUGGAGGAAUGGCUGCAGGGGUCUGACUGCAGCAGUCCCUGGGAGCCCCUAGACAUUCUUCAGGAGGAGACCCCGCGGGGGGACGCCUACCAGCGCCACCUGCUGCCAGGGGCCCGGGAAGCCUUUCUGCACCAGAUGACCGGCCUGGGGCGAGCUGUGAAGGCCGCAGGGGAGCAGCUGCGGGUGCUGGACACGAGCGCCCGCUGCGAUGGGACUGGCGACGGGAAGACCUGCAGCCAGCUGGCUGACCUCAGGGUGGUGCUGGCGUCCUCCGAGGAGGAGAUUCUGCAGGCAGCCUCCGUGCUCACCUACCUGGUGAGGCUCCCGGAAGGGCCUGGCCACCCCACCAACUGGAGCCACCUGGCCACAGAGGCACGGGCCUUCGCCAGGAGCCACAGGGACACUGCGGCCCAGGCGGGGGCCGCCGCGCAGCGCGCCCUGCUGGCCUCCGACACCAGCGCCCUGCUGCUCUGGAGCCUGGUGGACGAUCGCGAGGCCCUGGAGGCCCGGCGGGAGCUGGAGGACAGGUACCAGGAGGUCCAGGCGGCCCAGCACGCACUGGACACAGCUGUGGCGGAGGUGCUGCCCGAAGCUAAGCGGGUGCUAGCCACAGUACAGCACCUCACAGUUGAUACGGCUCUACACCUGGCCUUGCUGGCUGCCCCCGGGGUGCCGCCUCAGAAGUCACCAGCCAGAGAGCUGGGGUUGAAAGUUCGGGCCUUAGAGCGAGCAGCCACCAAGCGGGUAGAAGCCUUGCAGGCCUCGGCUCGCGCGGCCCUGCAGAAGACGGAGCCGCUCACACGGCUGCGCCAGGAGGCCACAGCGGCCCUGACCCGCGCGUCCGCAGCGGUCCAUGCCGCCACAGUGACCGUCACCGGAGCCAGGACCCUGCUGGCUGACCUGGAAGGAAUGAAGCCGCGGUUUCCACAGCCCCGGGACCGGGCCACACUGCAGAGGAAAGCAAGUGUGGUCCGGGGCAGGGUCCUCGCAGACACAAAAAAGAAGACCAAGCAGGCAGAGAGGAUGCUGGGAAAUGCGGCAUCUCUCUCCUCCAGCGCCAGGAAGAAGAGCAGAGAAGCGGAGCUGCUGGCGAAGGACAACGCCAAGCUUUCCAAGGCCGUGCUGAGGGCGGGGAAGCGAGGGCAGCGCCGGGCGGGUGGGCUGGCCAGCCAGGCGCAGGCCACCCUCCAGCAGGCCUCUCGGCUGGCGAGAAUCUCCGGAGCUCGUCGACGGGAGCUGGAGGCAGCUGAGCAGGUGAGUGCAGGGCUGAGCUCUCUGGAGCGCCACAUCCGGGCAUCGCACGUCUCCCUGGAGAAGGACAUCAAGGCCUUAUCCGAGCUGCUGGCCAGGCUGGGGUCACUGGACACAGACCAAGCCCCUUCCCAGGCCUUGAACGAGACCCAGCGGGCACUUGACAGCCUGAGGAUGCAGCUGGGCUCCCAAGGGGCCCUGCACAGGAGGCUGCAGCAGCUGGAGCAGGAGUCUGAGCAGCAAAAGCAGCAGAUCCAGGACUUUGAGAGCGACCUGACUGAGAUCCGGGCUGACAAACAGAACUUGGAGGCCAUUCUGCACAGCCUGCCUGAGCCCUGUUCCAGCUGGCAGUGAGGACCCCAGGCCCCUUGCGUAUGCUCCUCCCCGAGGAUCUGAGUGUGCAGCAGACUGACUUACUGAAGCCACUUUCUGCCCUGGCCCCAGGCCCCUUCCAUCCGGUGACCUGCUCGAAGAAGCCAGGCUCCCGGGGGUCUGGAGGGGCCUGAGAGAGGCCACCAGGAGCAACCCUAUGCCCCCUGCUGACCCAGCCAGCCUUGGAUGGACACUUCCUGAACUGGUCCUGUUGCCUCACCUGCCACCAAGGCAGCCCCGGGGGCUGUGCAAGCCUGGCCGCCCUUCCCGUCUAACCUUGCCCGGGGAAUGCUCCUGUGGCCAGGCCUGUGGUGGGGCCCUCUUCCAGGAUUCCCCCUGCAUUUCCUCCCGUGCUCUUCUCCCCUUUCCUGGGGCCUCUUCUAGCAGGCCAGGGCCUUGGCCUGGGUUGACAGGCCUCUCUGGACCCAGUUCCUCCCCUGAGUCCAGGGAGGGACAGGCAAUGAAGAGGAAAUAAAGGCUUCCUUUCUGAGGUG